UGACCACAGCCAUGCGCAGCUCCGUUAUGUAUAAAGUAUGCCCGUGGUACCUCCGGGACUCAGUCUAAGACAUCCCCGACACCUGUUGGCUCUGCCUUUGUAUCACCAACCCACCCACUGCUCACGAUGUUUUCGCUGCAUAUCGGGACAUUCUUGAUCUUCUCUGCGAUGGCGCUGCUCAUCGUGGCGAGCAUAUCCGCACCGACCUUCAGCCAGAUCGACUUCCUCAGUGCUUCUGCCAAUAAUGGGGCGUCUAUCCGCUUUGGCACGUUUGGGUUCUGCGUGCUGGACGGACGGGGCGGAAAGAGUUGCACCGCAGCGCAGAUCGGGUACCGCAUUGCGAACGAAAUCUCGGCGUUGGGCAUUAGCCCGUUAAGCGGGGGCCAGGCGUCUACACUGCACGGUGCGACGCAGGCGCUCAUUCUGCAUCCCAUUGCCGCUGGCAUUGCUGGCAUUGCGUUCUUGCUGGCGCUCUGCUCGCACCGCCUUGGGUAUAUCGUCGCCGCGUUCGUCGCGUUCAUCGCGUUCAUCGUGUCGCUGGCUGCGAUGAUCGUCGAUUGGGUCAUCUUUGGGAUCGUCAGGCACCAUGUUAACAGCAACGGUGGCCAAGCUUCGUUCGAGAACGCGAUCUGGAUGGUGCUUGCGGCCACGAUUGUGCUGCUGCUGGCGUCCAUCACGACCUGCUUUGCAUGUGUUACUGCGCGUCGCCGAUCUUCGACGAGGACGACGUACGGGGGCAACUACUGAUCACGACAAGGAAAGUCAUGGAAAACAUGGCAAUGACUAGGGAGAUGCGCGCAUGAUUUGUUAAUGAUAUUGUACUCAUAAGUGUCUGUCAAUUACCUACCUACGAAUGGACGUUUAAAAACGACGAAUCGGCGUACUUCUGUGCGA